CAUCUCAUUCGCACACACAACGAUCGGGAUAAGCCAAAACAAGAGCGCACAUCGUCAGUGGAUAUUAUUCGCGUACAACGGGUUAGGUGUGGGGCUGCUGGUUGGGAGUUGACCGACGUCGCCGCGGUUCCGUUGUGUCAGUUGUGUGUUGUCUGCCGAUUCGGCCGUGUUUGCGGAGUGUUGUUCGUCCGCGAAGUCUCUUUUUAUCUUCCGAGUAUAAUUGCAGUCAUCAUCAAUACAAAAACAGAAAAUCGACUUUACUUUGAGCUGAAAUUCUACCCGUCGUCGUCGUCGUCGCGAUUCUGGAUAUUUUCCGUGUCGUCUCGCAAUCAACCACCAUUCAACAGUGCUACACAGCAGCAGCCGCGGUUGUGUGCUUCCCCUUUAUAUCUUAACAAAAUCUGCGGGCGAGAACAAGAAAUAUUCUCAGUAAGCAAAACUGCGGCGGAUUGCUUUUGACGUGUUUGCAAAUCAAAACUGGCCAGGUGAAAAAGUCAAGAAACAAAAACGUAUCGAAUUUUUCGCGUGUUGCAUUUGGAAAGUUGCGGUCUAUUUCGGAGUUUCCAGUGCCAAAGUGAUCCAAAAAGCAGCCAAUUACUGCAUAGUGGUGUGCUCCGUGUAUCCACUUUUAUUGUCGACGGCACCGUGGCUCCACGGUCAUCCGGGCCGACAACGACGGAGCAACGCUACGGAACCAAAUUGGUAACAGCGAGUAACACAACCCCCUCGGACUGCGUAGAACUGGAAGAAGAAUGGAGGUGAGCAAUCACACAGCUUCGACGCUGAGUCGGAGCAACAGUAGGACAAGCUCAAACUCCGAGCUGGAGAAGGAACUAAUUGACCUGGAGAUCAGCGGUACACACAACAAAUCCAGCACCCUUAAGAAACGGAUCUCAAGCAGUCGGACGCCGGCUAAAAAGGCCAAGCGAAUACGGUUUUUUCGGAAUGGCGACAGGUUCUACUGCGGUAGUACGAUACCGGUGUCGGGGGAGAGAUAUAGGUCAUUUGACAGCUUAACAGAAGACCUAACGAGACUGUUAGAAGAUAGUGUAACACUAACGGGCGCCAUCCGGACGAUAUACACGCUCGAUGGCAAAAAAGUCGAUAAGCUUGAAGACCUCGAAGAUGGUAAAAGCUACGUAUGUUCCUGUAAUAAUGAAGGUUUCAAGAAAAUAGAAUACAACACAACCAACACAGCUAAUAAAAAUACAAAUAGACUGUCUAGACUAAUACGUCCAGUAUCGCCAAUUAAAAACGGCUCUAAUGGUAUAACGCCUCUCAAAGAAAUCAGCUCUGUAGUCCAUCCCAGGAUUGUAACCCUAAUUAGAAACGGAGUGAAACCCCGCAAGAUUCUCCGGUUACUGCUGAACAAACGAAACAGUCCAACGUACGAGCACGUGCUGACAGCAAUCACGCAAUGCGUCAAACUGGAUACCGGUUGCGUGCGGAAAGUGUUCACCGUGUCGGGGUCACCGGUUCUUAAGCUGGCGGAUUUCUUCGCUGAGGAGGACGUGUUUUUUGCCUACGGUAACGAGAGGGUCGGGAACGAUGACUUCGAGCUGGAACCGGACGAGCGGAAAACGAUCCAGGCCAACAAAAAGACGCUGCGAAGCAACACCACCCGGAUGGGACCGAAACCGAAGAUGCCCAUCAAGAGUCACAACGAUACGUUCGUGUGUGUGGACGAAACGGUGCUGAACGGAGUGAUUUCUCCGGAUUCGCUACCGUUGGAGCUGCAGACCAAGUACACGCUAGGGUCGAUUAUUGGUGACGGCAACUUUGCUGUAGUGUUGAAACUGAAAGACAAAUCAACGAAUGCGGAUUUCGCGCUCAAAAUCAUAGACAAAUCGAAAUGCUCCGGGAAGGGUCACUAUCUGGCGGCGGAGAUUCGCGUCAUGAAGAAACUAAACCAUCCAUGCAUCAUACAGCUGAUACAGGACAUUGAGACGAUGAACAACAUGUACCUGGUGUUGGAGCUGGUCCGGGGUGGAGAUCUGUUUGACGCUAUAACGAGGGUAACAAGGUUCUCCGAAAACCAGUCCAAAAUCAUGAUGCGGCAUCUGGCCUCGGCAAUGUCGUAUAUGCAUGCACUCAGUAUCGUGCAUCGUGACAUCAAGCCAGAAAACUUGUUGGUUGAGUUGGACAGAGAUGGCAAUGUAAUGCUGCUGAAACUAGGUGAUUUUGGACUGGCCUGUGAAGUUACCGAACCACUGCUAUCGGUAUGCGGGACACCUACCUAUGUGGCACCUGAAAUUCUCAUGGAAACCGGCUACGGUGUGAAGAUUGAUGUAUGGGCGGCCGGUAUAAUCCUGUACAUUCUGCUUUGCGGAUUUCCUCCAUUUGUUUCACCUGACAAUCAGCAAGAACAGCUGUUCGAUGCUAUUUUGAAUGGUUUCUUCGACUUUCCUGCACCGUACUGGAACAACAUCGGUGACAGUGUACGAGAUCUGAUAAUCAACAUGCUACAAUCGGACCCGGAAUUACGAUUUUCCAGCGAGGACAUUUUAGAUCAUCCCUGGCUGACUAGUGACGUCGUAGGGGACACCCGAGAUCCCAAAGGGUAUCGCAUUAUAUCUAAUUUAGUGUAUUAGAGCAAGCAAACAUUCUUAAACCUUUUCUCCCUGCCUAUCCGUAUCUGUAUGAGCAAGCAAAACACUUUUCCCGGAAACUGACGCACCUAUUUUUAGUCUGUUAGGGUACUAUUUAUCACCAGUAGAUUGUUUAUACUUGCAUUACACAACACAUCCAAAUUUUAUGUUAUUUAGUUAGAUAUCAAAAUUUCUGUGAUGAUUAUUUUGCAUUACUUGCACAGAAACAGAGAAUGCUUUUCAGUUUAUUUUUACUUUAUUUAUCAGUUCUCACUAGCUGCUCUGAAAUUACCAGCAAAAAAGGUGGCACCUUUUGCACAUGUCGAAAAUUAAACAAAAUCUAGAAUGUACAUAGCAUGGUCAAAUAGUCGUUUAAUUAUUAUAGGCGUAUGAUUAUCAUAAUUUCUUGUUUCCAUUUUCUAUUCCACAUCAGUACCGAGUGAACUAGGGGCGAUGGUGACAGUGCUUACGGAUGAUACUCGUUAGGGUAAAACCAACUAACCAAGAAAAAACUGAAAACGCCAAAAAGUGAGUAAAUAUUUUCCAUCACUUUGUUCGACGUUCGAGAGUGUGCGCGAAUAAGAUAAAAGGUCGUGAGAGCAAAGGGCACAUGGCUUUUAUCGAGGCUCAUGACGUCUCGUUACCCACGUCAAGUAUGCAAAAAGUAUCGAAUCCUGUAAAUAGCAGCAUUUUAAGGUUAUGAGAGAGAUGAAAAAAAAACACAAUUACUAUUACUAUUACUACUACUACAACACUGCUACUAUUAAGCAACAUGAUAAUUGUAACAAUUGUAAUGUUCACACAGGCGAAGAAACGAAAUAUCAUCACACGAGAACUUUAUACAUAUUUGUUCGUUGCAUACUAUUAUUGCUGUUAGCAAUUGCAGAUUUUUAUUCAUUUGAAUAUAAUUUAAGACAGCUUAUUUGUUAGUUUUAAUUGAUGUUAGCUCAAUUUUUCCGUCUUUAAGUAGCAGAAAGAGAUAGAACGGAAUUGUAGUCACGGAAACCGUAAAUUACUAAAUAUAACACAGAUGAGGAUAGGACAGUCGGAUGUAGCAGAUUUGUUUCAUAUUUUACACGGUAUUGUUUCUAAUUUAUUCUUCAUUUCCACUAUAUGAGUAGCAUUGAUAUUCGCUUUUCGUUUUGUAAGAGUCAUUAUUUCUGUGGUGACGAGAAGAGUACGCGUUGAUAGUGUUAAUUUUUUGUUUAAGUUUGCAAAAUCGCGGCUGCAUGGAAGCGAUACAAUGCGUGUCGGAAAGCUUCAUACAAUUAUACAUUUAUCAGGCUGAGAAAAGACGAAAGCUUGGUUACAACACAAAAAAAAGGUCGAAUAGUUCUAUUUUGGCUUGAAAAUACCUAAAUAUAUUGUGGCAGUGUAAACUGUGGCUGUUUCAGCAUUAUUUUGUAACGUUUUCUUCUUCUUUUGUUUCGAACACUCCAACUUCUGUAUAUUUUAUUGUUACAUUCUGUUCCAAAUGUUUCCAUCUGAUUUUUAAAACAUGUUUUGGUUGCUUUUUCCUAUUUGCUCUACCGAAGCCUUUUAACUGUCAUAAUUUAGUUUUAACGUAUAGCAUGGAUUAAAAUGUGUUAUAUUUUAUUAUGUUUACAACUUGGGUAACUAUCCCAAGGAGCAUAAUUUUUCGCAAACCAUUGAUUCUAUAUUUCAAAUUCAUGCAUACCACAAAAUAUUUUUUUAAACUCACAUUCGCGACUCAUGCGCGAUUGAAAGCAAGUAGCAAAGCACUAGAGCCAAUGUGUUAGUGGAUUGGUAUUUACUGUUGUUCUGAAGAACCAGUUUCCAAGCAAUGUUAUUUCAAGAAAGGCAAUCGUUUUGAUUCACACUUUAGGUUAUAGACAAUUACCCUACAUUCCGUUUUCGGCGCGUUUCUGUUCAAAUAAUAAGUUUGCAUAAUUAGGGCCUAGAUCCUAGUUACCCAUUUAGGCUUACAUUAUUUAAUUACUGUAGAUAGUCAUCACAACAGGUAUGAGUUAUAGAUUCACACCUAGAAAAAAUCUCGAUAAUCUUAUUUCCUCUCUCCUCGCAUGAAAAACACUUAAGCAUCUAGUCAUCAUUUGUUAAGUACAGGGUGUCCCUGGCUGACGCCAAACGAGCAAAAAACCAUCGUUUUCCACCAUUCUUAAGUUUUAAAACGUUUUAAAUUCAUUCGGCGUUAAUUGUACUUUCAUUUGACUAAAAUUGUUCUUUGUUUUUGACAGAUACUCAAUUGUCCUAAGAAUAAUACAUGCAAAAAAUGCACAAAGUAGCGUUUCGCAACUCUUAGUGGCGAAUUCUAUGUAUGAAUUUAUUACUUGAUUUAAAGCGUAGAUAAUAAAACCGUUUGAAGGAGUUCAUAAACGUUUAGUCAAAUACUUUGCACAUAUCAUUUUUGCUUACAUGCUUCAUUUCUAUCAUCAAUACUCAGCAUGAUAUCAACAUUGCUAAAAAAACAAUUUUUGAUAUAGAAUUAUAUAAAAACAAACGGCAUCAGUCAUAUACAAAUUUUCGGAGCAAUUCGCUAAAUACGACUCGAUACACAAAUUUGGAACUAAAACUUUAUGAGGACCGUCAAUUAAGCACCGGAGAAAGAAAAAACAAGUUGAGCUUGCGUUUCAUAUGAGAAAUGACAAUAAAAUUGACAACACCAACUACCAGAAGCUGUAGUACAUUCACCCUGUCAUAUCGCAAUCGCUUCUUCAAUGGCUAAACUCAUUUCGAAUGCUAAACUUGCUUAGACUCUAUUGUUUAAUUGCUUUUCUCCUGCCAACUGAAAUGAUUUAUUUGUUGAUACUACUAAGUACUGCUAUCAUAUCUUAAAGAAAAAAAUCGAAGGCAAAUGAAACAAUCGCCAAUCUUAUUUCUAGCGACUCCAUGAGCGGUUAGUUACAAUCACAGCAAGUUAUACUGCUGCUGAUGAUAAUCAGAGUUUAACGAAGAUUCCCGUGUAAAUGGGCAGUCACGAGCAUAUUGUAUCAAAGCUAAUCACGCUAAAUAACGCUGUAAUCCAACAUAUAGUAUUGCAUUAACAAAAAAAAAAAAAAAACAGUAUAUUAUACAA